GCUGGGGCUGACUCUGUGUGUGUGAAGCGCAUGCGCGGGAGGACGCCGGGGCGGGCAAGCCGGCAGGAAGGGGAACUACGACUCCCAGGAUGCUCCGCGCCCCGAGGCUUGCUCCGCAGCGGCAGGGCUGGGCUUCGCUUCCUUCUCCCGCUGCCGCUCUGCGCGGUUCGCCUUUUGCAAAAGAGAAGCAGAAGCUGCAGCCGGCGGAGGCGGCGGUCAUGCUGCGCCCCAAGGCCCUGACCCAGGUGCUCAGCCAGGCCAACACCGGGGGCGUCCAGAGCACCCUGCUUCUGAACAAUGAGGGCUCUCUCCUUGCUUAUUCCGGUUACGGAGACACAGAUGCCAGAGUCACAGCUGCCAUCGCCAGCAACAUCUGGGCAGCCUAUGACAAGAACGGGCACCAAGCCUUCAAUGAGGACAACCUGAAGUUCAUCCUCAUGGACUGCAUGGAGGGCCGCGUUGCCAUCACCCGCGUCGCCAACCUGCUGCUGUGCAUGUAUGCGAAGGAGACGGUGGGCUUUGGGAUGCUGAAGGCCAAGGCCCAAGCGCUGGUCCAGUACCUGGAGGAGCCGCUCACCCAGGUGGCCGCUUCUUGAGCGGGAGGCGGAGUCGAAGGCGGAGCCUCGUCCCGGCAGGAUUUCUCUCCCCCCCCUCCCUCGCCCGAAAGCAGCUCUGAGCCGCCAUGACCUGGCCGCGCUCCCUCCCGGCGGCCUUGCCGGUUCUCCGAAAAGCCAACGUGGCGGCGGCGCUGGGCAGAGAAUAAAGGGGUCGUCUUAC